CGGUUCCUGGUACAUUUGCCAUCCACUGUUAUGGCCGCAUCACAUGCAGCUCUGGUGGUUGGAUGGUGCAAGCCCCGCCCCGCGUGGUGACGCAGCGCUAUGGGCGGGACCCUGUCUCAGAUGGAAGGGUGUCGUUAGUCGAGCGACUUAUCUGCAGCCGCUGGGUUCAUGAAACAGCAUCACUGAAACGGCUGGAGAAAAUGGCAGGGUUCCUGGAUAACUUCCGAUGGCCGCAGUGCGAGUGUAUUGACUGGGGCGAGAAGAGGAACACCAUUGCAUCUGUGGUAGCCGGGGUUCUGUUCUUCUCAGGGUGGUGGAUAAUGAUCGACGCUGCUGUUGUGUACCCUAAGCAGCAAGAACUGAACCACGCGUUUCACACAUGCGGCGUGUUCUCUACAGUCGCGUUCUUCAUGAUAAACGCUGUGUCCAACGCGCAGGUGCGAGGAGACAGUUACAGCGAUGGCUGCUUGGGAAGAACAGGAGCACGGAUCUGGCUAUUCAUUGGCUUCAUGAUGAUGUUCGGAUCACUUAUCGCUUCUAUGUGGAUCCUCUUUGGGGCCUAUGUCACACAAGAGGUCAACGUCUACCCCGGGCUGGCGGUGUUUUUCCAGAAUGCUCUGAUAUUUUUUAGCAGCCGGGGAGCCACAGGUUGCCUGAGCACUGCAGUUCUUCUAGACAAUGCUUCUGGACCAUUAGGCUACAUUACACCUAACUGGCUACGUGUUCUUAAUGGCCAAAAAUAUGCCCACUACAUGCAACAUGCAUCCCACCACUCAGAUGGGGCGACCGGGUUUGAAAAAUGACAGAAGCUGAUUGGUUGCACCCUCAUCUACAAGUUUGGAAGAACAGAAGAAUUAUGGUCCUGAAACCGAGCCCACUGCGUUCUAAAUGUUCUAUCCUAUUUUGUUGCUGGUUAAGUUUUGUACAUAUCAAUAACCUGUUUUACUCAUUGCCAGCGCAAUCUGCAUUAGACCUGGUGAAUGGGAUUAUUUUGUGUUUUCUGCUUUCUGUAGAGAUUCCUUUCUUUAACGAUGCAUGAUGCGGUUAUUCCAAGUCAUCCCAAUCUCUGUCACAGGGGUCAGAGGUAAUUUAUACGCCAAAUCUCCGAUGCCAUGUUGCUCAUUGUUCUGGAGAUGUUUCUGCACGGAUUUAGUUUGUACAACCCAUGCCCCAUAUUCUAGUUUUAGGGUGUGAGAAGUUGAGACCCCUCCCCCUCGCCCGCCCCGUUUUGUUUUCGACAAGGACCUGCCCACUUGCCAUGGUCUAUUGUAAUAGGCCAGUCAGCAGCAAGGGAGGGGUUGAGAGAGGCUUAGCUGAAACUGGCUUCAGACAUGACGUAUAGAUGACAUUUUAAACAAAUCGGUUGCGUUCCCAGGAUUUUCUGCUUGUCAUAAUUCUGCAAAUGUUGCAACAGUGUGAAUUUUAAUAGCUGGAAACAGAGGUGCAGGUAUUCAGAAGAUAAAAAAUAUAUUUAUUUUUUUAUUCAGAUGUUUGUUAAUAGUUAGCUUAAAAUAGCCAUUACUUCUUGAGCUAUUCAUUUUUCAUCACCCUGCAUUGAACCACGAAAAUCUCACUCUUGUAACCUGAAUCGUUCUCAUCCCCAGAUUAAUAGGACACCCUGACUAACGCAGCAACGUUGAUGACCCAAAUGGGAAUAUCAAGUGCAAAAACACAAUAGGGAACCCUGCCCCCUGCUGGUGUAAUUGAACCCAUCAAGUGCAAACUGAAUUUAGGAAGGAACAGAAAAUCAUUGUUCUAUCAAUUUUCCCAUUUACAUGCUGCCAUGAAUUAAGAAAAUCUUUUAUUUAUGUGAAUACAUGGCUUUUUAGAUAAUAUACUGUAAAAUAUUGUUUUUAAGACUGCUUUUACGUAAUUCUUAUAUUUUACUGAAUGAAUGUAAAUGGGUCAAGUAAUAUUACCUCACUUUCUGGCUUUGCAUGGAAGCUCCCCCAGCAAUAGAAUAUUUUCAAGUAUUGUGACUUCCUGGCUGUGGGGGGUUGUUUGUUGUUAACACGAGCCAUAUUAGGAUAAUGGGGUAUGUCGCUCUCGCACUUUAGUGUAUCGCUGCAGUAGUGAUAAUUUCGCCUUGCUCACAAAAAGACAUUACACACAAGUCUACGUGAAAAGAGCAUGCUGUUUUCUGUGGUCCGUGUUCAUGCAGUGGGACCCAUAGCGAUUAAACCCUGGUACACCAAUACACUGGACAAUCUGUUUUACGCGUUUCACCGCAAAGCACUGUUCAUUAUGCAUGACAUAUAGAAUACUAGUUUAAUGCACUGAAUAUGGCUUUCUGAAUUGUACUACUGAUGCACACAUAUUUUGAAGUACAAACAUUGCUUGAAAUUUAACUCAAAAGUGGUUGUUUUUUUUGUUAUGAGGUGAUGAGCGUCAAGUAGCGGUCACAAUAUGACUUAUGCCAUAAUUAGGAUACUGGUUACCAGACAAGGAAUUUUAUAAUCUGAGGAAAGCAAAAUAUAAUAUGUGCCACAGAUUGCCGAUCUGAUUUAUUAUUAUUUUAUUUUGUAUGUGGAUGGGAAUCCUAACAGGUUUGAUGUGUCCAGUGUAGACAUUUUGUAGUGGUCACACACAUUGAUGUACAAGGAAUCUGGUUGGUCAUAUGAUUGUGGGUUCCUUAAAGUGUAGCUGUAUGCUGUACACAGUAUUUACUUCAUUGGACACUGAGAGCAGCCAUUUUAUGGGCUGAGACAAUAUUCAUUCCUCAGUGAUACCAUUAGCCACACAUUGCAUACAUGCAUUGUUAUGAAUAUUGGUCUACCACAAAAUGGCUUCCUCUAUGGUUUGUACCUGAGUCGUGCACUUUACCUGUGUGUCUAAAGAGGGAGUAUCACUUCAGAAAAUGGUUUGUACCUGAGUUGUGCACUUUACCUGUGUGUCUAAAGAGGGAGUAUCCGUUCAGAAAAUUAUAUAUAUAUAUAUGAAGCUAUGUAUGUGUUGCAGUACCUUCCAGUAACAGUGCUAUCUGCGCUUUUGUUGGAGGUUUACUAAACCUAUGUAGACAAUAGUAGUAUAAUACAGCAGGAGUUUGUCACUCAAGCUGCUGUGGAACUACACAUUUAAGCAUGUUCUGCCACAGAUUUGCUGUUAGGUCAUGCUAAAACUGAGGCAGGGCAUGCUGGGAUGUGUAGUUACACAGCAGCUGGGGUGCCACUGGCCAUCUGCCCCUAGUAUACAGCACCAGUACUGACAGUGUGAUAAAGGACUGUAUCAUAUCUCUGCUGUUCUAAUACAGUGCAUAUGAGAAAAAAAUUAAAGUUCCCUUAUUUUAAAACUUGGUACUUCUGCUUUUAAAAGGUUAGCCGGUCUGUCUGGGCCACCAUGCAACAAGGCGGAGAAUGGCCCCUUAGUGUGGUCUUGUUGUUUGGCCUUGAGAGCGGUAACAGGAUAUGAAGCCCCGGAGUGGAUUCCUGUGAUCUGAAAGCUCUUGAAGUAAUUAUUUUGUGCUGACAAAUUCACUGUAUAAUAAACCUAUAUGAAUGACAA